AAUCGUGUUGGGCGUGUCUACGAGCAAGCGUUCCAGCAAUCCAUCAUCCUUGAAGUGCCAGAUGCCUUCUUUUGCCCGCACCCUUCGUAUGAGUGGUUCAAGAAGAUCGCUCAGGAACUCCUCAAUAAAAUCGUCUACGUUGACUGGCCGCAUCUUAAAGAAGCACUGGUAGUUGGCUUGAGCUGCGGCAGGUUCAGAGUCUCCCUGUUGCCCGGUGCCUCAUCCAUGCUUAAACUCGAAGUGUUCACCAACGACAAUCCACUCCAAGGAACUACUCGAGAACAAAGAGAAUUUGUGGCAACUGCUAAAGGCCUUCGCUCUGAUCUUCUCUACAAAUGGGGCAUUGAUGCUGGCCGCUCCAGCCUCCUAGUGCACUGCAAGCCCAUCGCUGGCAGACGUUACGUGGUGACCUCGUGCGGCGAGUGGUCCCUGAGCUACGAAUGGUCGCCGGCCACACAGACAUACCUCGCGCAGACUCUGGUACGGGACAUCGCAGUCUGCGACCCAACACUCCCCAAGACCUGCAGUCUUGAUCAGCUCUUCCCUGCUGGCACCAAAGUCUUCAUGCUCGGACAACCCCACCACGGUUGUUGCGCCACGGUGCUGGAGAAUUCGCCCAGCAACAAAGCUGAUGCUGGAACCAACGACGAAGUUCUUGUUCGAGUUGAGACGCGCCACGAGCCUGACUUGAGCCGCCUCAAGUCAUCAGUCCCGGGACAUAAAUACCUGCACGAUACCUGCAUGAUACAGGCUUACAACGCGAAGUUCCCCCGCGUCGUCGAGGCAGUUUGUAGAACCCGCGGCGACGUUACUGAGGAGGAGCUCUUCCCGGGACCCGACGGAGAGGCUGAAUGCGACUCACUCGUGGACUUCUUGAUGGAGUCUGAAGGCGCACGCAGCGUGAGGCGAUCGUUUGGUUCCGAGUUGCUGGUGCCCGAGGCCGUGGCUGAACUCCUGCACGAGGUUGACAACUACAACAAACUGCAGCAUUCACAACCUGUCGAGAUGCGGGUUAAAGCCCAAAUGCUGUUCAAGCCGAACCCUCUGCAAGGCAGCGUCCCCGUAAAAGGUCCCGUGGAGACCAAAGUGUGGGACCGCGUCUUCCACGUCAGGGAGGGUCACGUUGUCCCUCUAGGGGCACGCGGCACCGUCAUAGGUCUGCAGCCAGCUUCACAGCCCACCGACGUCCUCUACGACGUGGCCUUUGACGAAGUCUUUUCUGGGGGCCAGACACUUUAAGGCACCGGGUCAGCCUACCGCUGCUACAGACUCCGCUGGUCUGACUUCAUCAACCUCUCUGCCGGACCUCCCCACCCGGAUGAGUCCAGACAACCGGUGUCCGUAGCUCGACGGGGGAUCGUUAAGCCUGAACAGCUGCUGCGGGGCCAGCCUAAUGCGGGAGGGGCUUCUCAACACAACUGCUACCCUAGCAACGGGGAAGUAGUCUUGGGUGAUCGGAAACUGCGGAAUAGCGGCCGUGGGGAAGGAGUCUUGGGUAAAGGCAGACGGCGAAAUAGCGGCCGUGGUAAAGAAGCCUUGGGUGAACGGAGACAGAAUAAUAGCGGCCAUGGGGAAGGAGUCUUGGGUAAACGUAGACUGCGAGAUGGCGUCCGUGGUAAAGAAGCCUUGGGUGAACGGAGACAGACUAAUUGCGGCUGUGUGGAAGAUGUCUUGAGUGAACGGAGACAGACUGAUAGCGACUGUGUGGAAGAUGUCUUGAGUGAACAGAGACAGAGUGAUAGCGACCGUGAGGAAGAUGUCUUGAGUGAACGGAGACAGACUGUUAGCGACUGUGAGGAAGAUGUCUUGAGUAAACGGAGACAGAGUGAUAGCGGCUGUGUGGAAGAUGUCUUGAGUGAACGGAGACAGAGUGAUAGCGACCGUGAGGAAAAUGUCUCGAGCGAACGGAGACAUACUGAUAGGGACUGUGAGGAAAAUAUCUUGAGUGAACGGAGACAGACUGAUAGCGGCUGUGUGGAAGAUGUCUUGAAUGAACGGAGACAGAGUGACAGAUACUGUGAGAAAGAUGUCUUGAGUAAACGGAGACAGAGUGAUAGGGACCGUGAGGAAAAUGUCUUGAGUGAACGGAAACAGACUGAUAGCGGCUGUGUGGAAGAUGUCUUGAGUGAACGGAGACCGAGUGAUAGCGGCCGUGGGGAAGAAGUCAUGGGUAAACGGAGACAGGGGAAUCGCUGCCGUGGUUAUGGCGUCUUGGGUGAUCGGGAACAGACGAGAAACACUCGCGCGGAUUGCUAUGAUUGGAGAAAUACUAGCGUCACUAUGGUCCAUAAUGAUAACUACCUCAACGAGCGGCACAGACAGCAACAAAAUGAUAUAGACAGCAAUUUUGUCACAAAAGACAAACGGCACCACAAACAGCCACAAAAUGACGGUGAUAACGUCACAAAUUACAACCGGCCCCACAAACAGAAUCAAAAUUACGGGAAUAGUGUCAAAAACGAAAACCGGUGCCACAAACUGCCACAAAAUGACAGCAAUGUCGUCACAAAUGACAGCCGGCCCCACAAACAGAAACAAAAUUACGGGAAUAGCGUCACAAACGAAGACCGGCACCACAAACAGCCACAAAAUAAUGGCAAUGGCGUCACAAACCGGCACCACAAAAAGUCACAAGAUAACGGCAAUAGCGCCACAAACGACAACCGACACCAAAAACUGCAACAAAAUGACGGCAAUAGCUUCACAAACAGCCACAAGAUAACGGAAAUUGUGUCACAAACAACACCCGGCGCCACAAACAGCCACAAAAUGACGGUAAUAGCGUCACAAACAAGAACUAGCUCUACAAGCAGCCUCAAAAUGACGGCAAUAGCGUCACAAAUGACAACCGGUGCCACAAACAGCCACAAAAUGACGGCAAUAGCGUCACAAAAGAAAACCAGUGCCACAAACAGCAACAAAAUGACGGCAAUAGCGUCACAAACGACAACCGGUGCCACAAACAGCUGCAAAAUGACGGCAAUAGCGUCACAAACGACAACCGGUGCCACAAACAGCUGCAAAAUGACGGCGAUGGCAUCACAAACAACAUUCGUCUCUACAAACAGCCACAAAAUGACGGCAAUAGCGUCACAAACGAUAAUCGGCCCCGUCCAGUUAAAACUCCAAGGCAACGCGCACGCGUUUUUCGACGUGGAGGGCAACGAAAUAAUGGCAGUAGCAAACGACAACCGGCGCCACAAAAUUACGGCAGUAACGUCACGAACGACAGCCGGAGAUAAACUGCCACAAAAUGACAGCGUCAUUUGUGGAAAAACAGAGAAGGAGAACAAUUAGUCCAUUUUUGUUACUAAAAUCAGGCGGAUAUUAAGGGCUUACUUUUCGGAGACUCUGAUCAAAUUCUUAUUAAAUUCUAAUACCAAGAUUGCGGCAUGGACUGAUGAUGACAUCGCGUGGGCUCUAAACAUUCGUCAUAUCUGAUCUUGUUAGGAAUAAGCAACCCAGUAUGACCUUGAUAAGAAAACGUAUCCUAGUAUAUCGUUGUUAAUAGAACGCAAUGCAUUUUUUACAGUGAAGUGUAAUUCUUAAAAAAUGUUUAAAUAUACCUAAUUUGUUUGUA